UCGAGAUCAGUCGUUCCCGUACCUGCGCGAACGGCACGGCAUCGGCGGGCUCGUCGUGCCAAGAUCACGACACGUGUCAAUCUGUGAUGGAUUCCGCUCUCAGCCCCUGUCUCACCCAAGUGGCGCACAGUUUGACACAUUCAGUUCCCGCCACCAGUCGGUCGAUCUACAGAGAGGCGGGAACUACCGAGUGCCGGCACGUGUCACGCCAAGGUUCACGCCACGCAUCCCGCCACGUUUCCCGCCACGUUUCCCGCCACGUGUCGUCAUCUUUAUCGGCCACGUGGAGAACUGAUACAUCCAAUAAUGAUGAGGUACAGCGAGCGACUUACCGACCAGCCGCUCUGUCAGUCUCGUUCCAAGAGCACACAGCUGUGGGGCAAGAUGUCCUGCGACCGGUCCUGCGACCAGUCCUGCGUUACCGAUCCCACAGAGUGGGAGUGUGUAGGACCUCAUCGACAUCGGCGUGGAAUCGCUGCCACGUGGACGUUCGGGGCUUGAUGGAUGGCGACUUCAGGAAUACUCUCAAGGUGCCAAAUGCCACGUGGCAUGCCUGCGAGGGAGGAGAGCUGCAUCCACGGAGAAAUGCAACAACACGAGAGCUGUCGAUCUUGCCGCAGGAUGAUGAGGAGGAGCUUUUCAAGAUCAAGAGAGAUGAGGGAUGCUUCAAGGGGGUGAUAGGCCAUCGAAUCGCGCUCAAACUGUUAGAGGAGGCUCUCCGUAAAGGCGACUUGGCGAACACCUACCUGUUCCACGGGCCAGCUGGCAUUGGCAAGCACCUGGUGGCACGGCGAUUCGCUACUGCAAUUCUGAGCCUUCAUUCUGACAAAAUGAAUGUGGCUGACAUGUAUGUGUCUACAGCCGGCGGUGCGUUCGGUGUAGAUGAGGCCCGAGAACUCCGACGGUUCUUGGGAAGCACUGGAUGGACUUCUUGCAAGGUGGCUGUCAUUGAUUGCGACCGCAUGACAGAGGCUGCAGCAAAUGCUCUCCUUCUCACACUAGAAGACCGCGAAGGCUGCUCAGUGGUAAUUCUCGUUGCUUCGGACGUAACACAUCUUCCUCGACCACUGAUCUCUCGAUGUGCCAAGGUGCCGUUUCGACCACUGCUCGGCAAUUCUGAAAUGCGGGCCGUGCUCCAAGCCUGCAACAGUCCGAUCCUCGAUGUUGUCAAUGGCAAUGGCGUGGAAUUGGGGAGGGUGGCGAUUACCCAUCUAGGUCUGAAGAGAAGUCCUCAGGUUAGCGACAGCACGGAGGCAGGUCGACCAGAAGAGAAAAAAUCUGAACACAUGAAGCGUCGAUCGAGAAGCAAGAGUGCUGACACUGCUACAAAGGGUGAUGAUGAUGACGGUGGUGGUGGUGGUGGUGAGAAGGACGAUCGUGAUGAUGAAGACGACCGUAGUCAUGUUCGUGAGAAUGGGGGAGGCGGCCCCGUGCGGACACGUUCUGGAGCAUCUGAUUGGUGGGAAAAGGAGGUGGCCUCGUCUGUUCUAGCCAUGGCAAGAGGCCGACCAGGAUUGGCGAUGGAUGGGUGGGAAACACUUGUCGCCAUCCCUGAUGAUGUGGCCAUCAAAUUGAAAUCAGUGAAGAACGAAUGGGACUCUCUCCAAGCUGCUGUCGAGAUUAGCCGAAGUUGCACGAUGCAUUGCCAACACUGGCUGAUUCAGCUUCUGCAAAGUCAACUCUGGGAGGAAUGGAGAUCCAAACCAAAAGCCAAGGAGAGCGAAAAGCUGGUUAGGAAGUUUCACGCUCUGGAAGCAGCUCAGAAAGCACUUCAAUCACAUGUUUCUCCCCGCCUUGUUUGGGAUGUCCUCCUCUUUCGCCUGUGUUUAGAGAAAUGACAUAGGCACCCAGUGCAGGUCGGGCAAUUACUGCUAUAUACCUCAGAGGAGAACGCCAUAGGUAAGAAGUUGCUUGAGGUGAUGAAGGCAUGGAUUGCGAUAAAGAUUGUGGCAGAGG